UGUGCCUAAAUACUUUCCUAUAUCAACUGUUUGUCCUAGAAAAAUCUCACAAAUAAAGUUUCUUUUAUUUUCUCUUGUUCACAGUUUUUUCCACAACAAUGACAUUAUUAAAAGUAUUCAUUAUUUUAUUGAGUUUCACUUUGACCUGUUGCUUUCUAAGACACUGUACUGUGUUAGCACAAGGUCAGAAGAACAAGUCCCAUACAGCCAAAAAUCCUUGUGAUGUCAUGGACUAUAGUGACGUCACGGGCAUUGAGACAAUAGUGAACUGUUCAAUGCGAUCUCUGCAAUUUAUUUCAAAGUCUUGGUUUCUCGAGAACACAAGUGAGCUAAUGCUACAAAAUAAUCUGUUGACUUUUGUGCCUAAUAGCACACUGAACAGUUUGUCUAAACUUAAACAAUUAAGUCUCCAGGACAACUUGCUGUCUUACAUACAGCCAAAAGCUUUUGAAGGUCUUGUCAGUUUACAAUAUCUCAAUCUAGAGAACAAUCGUUUGAACUUGUUCAGUUUACCUGUUGAUGUCUUUAGUGAUUUAAUUAGUUUAACUGAGUUACGCAUCAUUCAACCGACUGAAAAUGUUCAAAGAGUAUACAACGUAAGCAAUCAUUCAAGACAGACAACUACAGCGAGUUUUCCGGACGGAAUGUUUACAGCGUUAAACAACUUGACAAAUCUUUCAGCAAGUGUAUUUGGACAGGUCUUAUAUUUCAACAAAGAUUUUAUCGACCUUAAGAAACUAACGGGAUUGGAAAUAACCGGAAAUGUGAAAAUCAUCAAUGAAUUCAGUUUUGAGAAUAUUAAAACAAUUCAAAAUUUAUCUCUGUUUCAGUUUAAUGAUAUAGCAAAUAUGAGUGACUUAGUUUUAGGAUCAUUUUCAAAUCUUAGUUACGUGACGUACAAUCUAAUCCAUACAGGUCUACACGCAGCCCUGGAUACAUUACGUCCUCUAGUUAAUAGCAAUGUUAGACUUAUCAAAUUUGAGCAAGUCCAGAAAGUCCCUGGCCUAAAAUAUGUCUCUCUUCUAACCAGAGACGGAUUCCUUGAUGUCACCAGCACGAGAUAUUUGAGGCAAAUAUGUGUAGAAGAACUGCAAUUGAAUCGCAAUAGUAUUUUUGUCAUUGAUUUUGGAACGUUUAGUGGUGAGACAUUCAAUCGAUGUUUAAAAUCUAUAUACUUAAUUAAUAAUCCUUUAAUUGGGACAAUAAUGGCUUUUACAGAAGGAUUAACAUUACAUAAUUUAAACAAAUUUGUAAUCACAGGAUCAUUUGUAAGGGAAAAUGGAUUAGAUGAUGGUGAUUCUCAAAUAUCAAAGUAUAGAUUAUAUAGUUCAUCAAAGAAUGAGUUGGAUAUGAACAAUAACUUGAGUACCUCUCUAGGAAACUUGGAUAAUGUCAAGGAAACUACUGUUCAGAUUUCUAAGUCUAUUGAAUACGUCGAUGUCUCGUCAGUCUUCGGAGAAAGUCACUUAAACAAACGAGUGACAAUCCGUGGAGGUGAAAAUGUAAAGUUUGUUCGUCUGGUUGAUGACGGCAUCAAAUUUGUGGAGUUUCCAAUUGAAGGUCUACCUAACAUCCAGGUAUUUGUACUUUCCUUCAAUAAAAUGUACAUUUUAGAGCCAGACUUUUUCAACGCCUAUCCAAGUCUUGUGACACUCAGGAUUGACAGUUGUAGACUUGUCAGUUCUUUUGUGUCACAAUACAGUGCCAGAAUGUUUCGUAAUUUGACUCGGUUACAAAACUUAGAUUUGUCUUACAACUCCUUGGAGAUUUUAGAACCAAAAACAUUUGCAGUGAAUCCUCUCCUUGUAACGUUAAAUAUUUCAGGAAAUCGCUUCAAGCAAAUUCCAUUUGACUUAGUCUUAACACCCAAGCUGCAACUUCUGGACGUUAGAGAAAAUGUGCUAACGUCAAUAUCUCAGGAAGACAGAAACUUGAUAGAAGGACAUAAGGAAAGACUUGGCAAGUUUCAACUACUUCUGGCAGGGAAUAUUUUCUCGUGUGGAUGUGAGAAUCUUCAGUUCCUGCAAUGGCUACACUUCACUGAUGUUGAAUUGGACAAUAACAAAAACUUCACGUGCAUAAGUAGGACAGGGGUUCUAAGCUCUACACUGGCUUAUCUUGACCAUGCCGGACUGUGGCGGGAAUGCUGGGGUCAGGUUUGCUUUAACGUUUCACUUGGGUUACUUUGUUUUACUCUAAUCGGAUUUGUUUUAGUCUUUGUUUGGUCCAGAAAUAAAAUACUGAUACAGUCUCGACUUCUGCAAAUAUUCACAGGAUUAAAGUUCAAUACAUUAGCGGAUUAUAAAUAUGGAGCAUUUAUUGGAUAUUCAGAUAUUGAUUAUCACUUUGCUUGUUUCCCACUCCGACAAUAUAUUGAAAAUGACCUUGGUCUGGUGACCUUUCUUCAGGACCGUGACCUUUCACCUUCACUUGCAUAUGCUGACGGCAUAAUGGAGGCCAUCAACUCAAGUUGGCGAAUAAUUAAACGUACACUCCCAGUGUACAAAGUAGGAUAUGGGUUAAUCAACGAAAACUUUGUUAUCCAAAAUGAAUGGUUUUUAUUUACCGUAAGGUCAGCUAUCUAUGCUAUGAGUCCAGCUAAUCCAAAUCGAGUGGUCAUUUUGGUAGACGCGAAGUCCAUGCAUCAUCUACCUACGGAAAUACUCAAUUCAGUUCCUGAGGACAGCAUCAUACAGAUCUCGAGAUGGGAGAUGGACUACAACCUAAGACAAUCUUUAAAGACAAGAUUAGUACAAUAGACGUUGUGCAUGGGUUCAUUAGGUGAUCUAUUUAUAGAACUCAUUAACCAGUUAUUGUCUUCACCCUCACCUCAGCACCGGUCAAUAUGGUGAAGUAUUUGUGUGAACUAUAAACGUAUUUAUACCACGUACACAUGUCUCAACAAGAGAAAUUAUGCUGCAUGUUUACAUUGGCUGGUUAUAGAGCAGUGAUUCUCAAAACAUUAUCGGCCUGACCAUGUCACUAGCGACGUCUGUCCAAGAACAAAAAAAUACUCGAGUCAAAAGGAACCGAGACUUCGAUGUUUCAUUGUGCACUUUGGUCUGAAAGGACUAGAUUGAACAGCGUCACGGCGGGAGAUGAUGGAACAGACUACAUCGUAAACUUAAUAAAACUUUAUUUGUUCUGUCCUUAGAGUAAAUCGAAAGUAAGGUCACAUAAUCCAGUUCACAGUUUUGAGGGAACUUUGAAGUUUAUUGCCUCCCUUCAACUCCCCAUUCCAUUGAAAAAUAUUUUAGCAUUUCGUAGAACAAUGGAAAACAU